GGGCCCGUCCAAACGCGCACUGCACCCACUCCAACUCUCUGACUCUCUCUCCCCCCCUUUAUUGGCGUCAUAUGACUCUCUCCCUAGUCCCUACACUUUCUCCCCCGUGUCCCGUUGCUAAAAGCUUAGAGAAAAACCUAAUCGGACAGCACUGUGGCCAAGCAGGGCGCGGGAGAUCGUACGCCGGCGGCGAGGUCCUGCGGUGGCGGGCCUCGGCAGAGUGGUGGUGCUAGCGGAGUGCAGCUGUUGGGUUGGUGGGUAAGAGUGAGAAGGACAUGAAGGCGCUGCGGCGAUCCAGCACCUCGUCCUCGCCGACGGCCGCGUCCUCCCCUCCGUCCUCAUCGUGGAUCCACAUCCGGUCGCUCCUCGCCGCCGCCGCGUCCUCGUCCUCGUCCUCCUCCUUCGCAGCGGCUGCGGCUGGGAGCGCGGUGGCUGUGGUGUCGGCUGCGGUGGCCGCCUCGUCUUCUUCCUCGCCGGCGUCGUCCUCGCCGCACUCGGAGCGGGGUGGUCUUAAAUCUCCAUGGUCCCGGAGGAAAAGAAAACGAGCACUUUCUCGUGAACAGUGGGAGAGUUUGUUUUCAGCAAAUGGGAAGCUUCGUGAUGGUGGAAGGAAGUUUCUCAAGAAAGUUCGCAGUGGUGGCAUUGAAGCAAGCAUUAGGGCUGAAGUUUGGCCCUUCCUACUAGGAGUCUAUGAUUUGAAUAGCUCUGAAGAGGAAAGGAACUCUAUCAAGAUCAAGAAAAGGAAACAGUAUGAAAAGCUGAGGAGGCAGUGCCAACAAAUUCUGAAUGGCUACAAGGGAAAUGGGUUGAAGGCAAUAACUGAACUUAAUAGUGAUGAGUGUUCUAGUUUAGAUGGUAUUGCUGAAGGAUCAGAAUCACCUUGUUUUGAAGAUGCCAAUGCUAUACGUGCUCCUGUUUCACUCGAGGAGGUGAAGCCUGAACAGAAUGAAGCUGACCAACCAGACAACAUUCUCUGUGAUGUUGUUGAAUGCAUGGAAGAAGAUGCAGAUGAGUUAGCUUAUGCAUAUCCAUGCAAAGCAGAGUCAGAAUCGUCUGAUUCUGAAUCAUCUGAUGAGGAUGACCCUGGAGGGAUUUCUGUGUCUGGCGACGAGAACUGUGACCCAGAUACUAAAUUUACCAUGAGCAAUUCAUUCAAGGCAGAUUUUUUUAGGUCUAGCAGAACAUCAGAGGACUUCGCCACAUGGCAGCGCAUCAUAAGGUUGGAUGCUAUCCGGUCAAACAGUGAAUGGAUUUUGUUCUCCCGCAACCAGUCUGAAGUUCCCAAGGAGAGAGCAUUGCAGUCUGCAGCAUCUGUUGGGUUGAAAGACUAUGAGCACUUGGAGCCCAGUAUGAUUUAUCAUGCAGCUCGAUUAGUUGGGUUGCUCGAAGCAUAUGCGGUCUACGAUCCAGAGAUUGGCUACUGCCAAGGCAUGAGCGAUCUGUUGUCACCUAUCAUUGCGGUGAUGGAGGAUGACGAUGAAGCGUUCUGGUGUUUCGUGGGUUUCAUGAGGAAAGCAAGGCACAACUUCAGGCUCGACGAGGUUGGAAUACGAAGGCAACUGAAGAUUGUCUCUCAGAUUAUCAAGCGCAAAGAUUCGCACCUGUAUAGGCAUCUGCAGAAGUUGCAGGCCGAGGACUGUUUCUUCGUGUACAGAAUGGUGGUGGUUCUGUUCAGGCGAGAGCUCACCUUUGAGCAAACCGUGUGCCUGUGGGAGGUUAUGUGGGCUGACCAGGCAGCCAUACGAGCCGGGAUCGGGAGGUCCACCUGGGGAAGGAUAAGGCUGCGUGCUCCCCCAACUGACGACCUGUUGCUCUACGCCAUCGCCGCCUGCGUCCUGCAGAGGAGGAAGCUGAUAAUUGAGAAGUAUAGCAGCAUGGACGAGAUACUGCGAGAGUGCAAUAGCAUGGCCGGGCAGCUAGACGUCUGGAGGCUGCUAGAUGAUGCACAUGACCUGGUUGUUAACCUUCAUGAUAAAAUCUGAUCUGAUCUGUUCUCGGCCCUCAUGGUAGAACAGAUGUACUAAGCCUCAACAAAAGGAAAGAAAAAAAAGAAACUGAGGCUCCUUCCACCUACGGCAUUGUUCGUUUAUUCCAAUUCCACAUGGAUUGGAGUGUAUUGGAAUGGAUUAGGAUAGAUUUUUAUUUGCUAUGGAUUUAAACCGACUUAAUACCACCCAAUCUACAUGGAUUAAUGGUGAAACGGCCAAGCCCUAAGGAGGCCAAAUGGUGGUAUUCUGUUACCUGCUAUUCGUUCCCACCACAGAACCCAAUUCUAGAUAUAGAGAAUGUUGUAACUUAGAGUGCCCUCGCAAUAAAAAGGCUGAAAUAUUGCUUGUGUUCCCGUGUAGUGAGGGGUUAACGUGUUAUAGACUUAUAGGCAAAAACAGAGUUUCCUGGGAAGUCACUUGGGAGUUAAUUUUAUAUGCAUCCGCACUUGGGAGUUAAUUAGUAGAAAUAGUAUGGUCAAUGUUUUGGUCUCUUUUUAAUAUUAUAUCAUAAGUCAGAAGGUUGGUUA